AUGCCUUACCCAGAGACCACCGACGCUUUCGCCGUCAAUGACAUCAAGAACUGGAGCACCUUCAAGCGCCAGGAGCUUCCUCUCAAAAAGUUCGAGGAGUACGACGUCGACAUCGCCGUUGAUGCUUGCGGUGUCUGCGCUUCAGAUGUCCACACUAUCACAGGCGGAUGGGGCGAGGACAUCCCUCUGCCCCUUUGCGUAGGACACGAGGUUAUUGGCCGCGUUGUCAAGGUCGGAUCCAAGGUCACCAAGCACAAGGUUGGCGACCGUGUCGGGUCUGGUGCUCAGGUCGGCGCCGAUCUUACUUGCGACAACUGCAAGGCCGAUCAGGAGAACUACUGCCCCAACCAAGUUGACGCCUACGGUGCUAAGCACCCCGACGGCACUGUUGCGCAGGGCGGUUACUCUUCGCACGUUCGUGUCCACGAGUACUUCGUCUUCCAGAUUCCCGAGAAGCUUGAGACACAUAUUGCCGCACCCAUGUUGUGCGCCGGUAUCACCACAUUUUCUCCCCUGAAGAGAUUAGGUGCUGGUCCAGGCAAGAAGGUCGGCAUCAUUGGGCUUGGUGGCCUUGGCCACUUCGGUGUCCUUUGGGCCGUUGCCAUGGGCGCUGAGGUUACUGUCAUCUCCCACUCCCCCAGCAAGAAGGAGGAUGCAUUGAAGAUGGGAGCUAAGGACUUCAUCGUCACCAAGGAGAAGGGCUGGGCAGAGAACUACAAAUUCAAGUUCGACUUUGUCAUCAACACCGCUGAUGCCACCGACAAGUUCGACCUGUCUGAGUACUUCUCUAUCCUCAAGGUUAACGGCACCUUCCACAUGGUCGGCUUCCCCGACAACCCGCUCCCCGCCUUCCCUGCGCAGACCUUCGCUCCCAACGGCUGCUACAUGGGCGCAUCGCACAUUGGAAACAGGCCCGAGAUGGAGGAGAUGCUGCAGCUUGCAGCGAAGCAGGACAUCAAGGGCUGGAUUGAGACAAUUGACCUCAGUGAGGCCGGUUGCAAGGAGGCCGUUGAGCGUGUCUACAAGAACGACAACGUCCGCUACAGGUUUACCCUGACCAACUUCGACAAAGUUUUCGGUCAGCGCGCUUGA